CUCCCCCUGGCCUUACUGCCUGCCCGCAUGCUCCUCUUGGCAGCCAAACAAGCAGGGAGGAUCAGGACGACCGGGCGGCCAAGAUAAGGACCACAUGAAGUUCCCCACAUUACCUCACUUGAUAAGGGAACGAGCGAGACAGAGCAGAACAGGGGGUGGAGGAAUGCUUUGGAUGGAUGCUGAUACACUGAGAACCUCGCUUGUGGACUUUUCAGUACUUCUUGUUCGUGACAGAGCCGCAGAUAGAGAGACAGUGGGGGACCGAAUUGGAGGAAUGAUUUGGAUGGAUGCUGAUGUGCUUGGGUCUUUGCUUGUGGACUUUUCUCCAUGUACUCCAUCUCAAUACUGACAAUUCUUGAGAUCAGAUGAAUAAAUAUUUGAAAUCCUGACAGAGUACUUCCUUGACAAACCCAUUGUGGCAUUAGUAUCAAAUUGUGUCCACUAAAUGGGCGUAGAUGGAGCGGUUGGAGCUGGUGAAGCCUCAGGACAGUCUGCGCUCAUCUCCUUCUUUCCCAGCGCUCAUGGCAGGAAAUCCUUUGGAGAGUCUCAUGUCGGUGACCGCGAGCCACCAACAGGCAGUACCUGAGACCCAGCGAGCUUCCACGAGGACAGACUCAGCAUGGCCACAGAGACACGGGCACAGCGUUCGCAGGAACCGGGAGUUGUGUUAUCUGGUGCCCUCUGCUUCCAACAUGAAUGUUCAAACGCUCUCCAUCAGCACGCCACGGAGUCAUCACUCCCCGGAAAAUGCGGCCCGUGAGAGAAGCCGUGUACGCAACCUGCGUCAAGCCUUCCACAGCCUGCAGGCUGCUCUGCCUUCAGUCCCUCGUGACACCAAGUUGUCCAAACUGGAUGUUCUGGUUCUGGCAACCAACUACAUAGCUUACCUGACGCAGACCUUGGACCAGGGAAGAUCUCUGUCCGAGCACACCUUGACACCAAGAGCAGGUGGAUACCUACACCCAGUGAAGAAAUGGCCUAUGCGCUCCUUGCUCUACUGUGGCAGUGUUGGGGAAGUGCUGUCGGGGGUUCCAGCCAAUCAGAGGCCUCCGUCUGGACAGGACACAGGAAACGAGUGUUAGCACAUUACAGGACACGCAGAAUAUCAAAUGUCCUGCUCUUUAGUAGACCUUUCCUUAAACUUUGUGGCAAAGGUCAUCGGGUCAGGGGAGAUGAAAAGGUGGUUUGUUUGUUUUUUUCAAACAUAGGAACAUGAAUUUGACUCCACUCCUCCUGACCGACGUCAUCGCGGGAUGGCAUGUUCUGCUGACGUGUCAAGCAUGAAACUAUUAUUUUCUCAAGAUGUACUAUAAAAGCCAGCAUGGUGAAUGACUGGUCACCACAUCCGCCUCACAGUUACGCUGACCGGGCUUCAAAUCCCAGCCCCCGCCUGUGUGGGGUUUGCAUAUCCUCCUCGUGCCUGCAUGGGUUUUCUCCGGGAACUCCGGUUUCCUCCCACAUCCUAAAAACAUCCAUGGUAGGUUGAAUGAAGAUUGAACAUCAGUAAUGUAGCCGUGAAUGUUGAAAAAGUGUGAAAAGUUGUUUGUGUCUAUGUGCUCUGCGAUUGGCUGCGAUCACUUCAGGUUGUAUACUGCCCCUCACCUGACCAUAGCUGAGAUAGGCUUCAGCACGCCCGUGACCCUUGUGAGGAUGAGUGGUACAGAAAAUGGAUGGAUGUACAAUAAAUAGCACUCCUUCAAUACAUGAUGCUUGUACAGUACUAUAUUUACAGUACAAUAUUUGAAUUAGGCUGUCAUCAACAAUGUAGAAAUUCACUGCACACAGUAGUCUUUCUUGAAUUUUUUUGUAUGCAUUUUAUUUUCUCAUAAAUAAUAUUAUGAUGUUAUGCAGCUUAUCAUCCUAAAUUAUGUUUUGUGGUUCAAGACCAACUUAUUCACCAUUCAUCGCUUCUUCUCCGUUGGUGUUUUCAUUUCUAUUGUUUUGUUUCUGUAUUCUCAAGCGGCGAGUUGGUAAAAUUCAAUGGUGACCCGUUGUUUUAAAUACUGCUACUGUGAAGUAGUAUGAGUAACAUCCUUUUGUAAAGGUUGGUGAGGAGUAAUUUUUGCUCAAUGUGGGUUUAAGAUUACAUCGAGGGGCCCCCGAAAUAUUAUUGGAAUUCAACCAUUGUUUCUUUUAGGUUCUUCUAGGAUGUCUCACCCCGAUAGGAAACAGAAGGAAAGCUGUGAAAAGCAGAAUCCCACUGUAAAACUUCACGUUUUAGAGCAGCCUUUUAUUGCAGACAAAAUAAAACACACCUGUGUAUUCAUCAUGGUGUCUAAUCAACAUUUUGAAAAGCCAAUGAGAAGUGCCCAUUAACACAGAUUUGUGGACAACACUGCAUUUAAGAAAAAUUGCCCCUUUAUAUACAUACAGCAAGUUGAGUUCAUCUCCUAAAAAUAGUAUUUUGAACAUGAUCGUGUCGAUAGCUGUCCUGCGACCACCUUUAUGAGAAAAUGCAUUUUGUCCAUCAGGGGAAAAACCAAGGUCGGUAGAUAGUGCUGACGGACUAUCCCUGCAGCUUGCUGGAAUAAAUGAGCGGCAAAAAAACUCUUUCUUCGCCCUGGCCAGUAGAGCAGGUGCUGCAGCAAAAGUGCGCAUUUAUUCAUCCAGUGCAAAAAGGGUUGGUGCAUGAGCACUACUUGGUGUAUAUCUGUGCAUGUGCAUGUAUUUUUCCAUUGGUUUCUUUAUAGUCUGUUUUGUCAGAAUCAUUUCCUCAAUCUUGAAAAUAGAUUAUAAUAUUUCUAUUUUAAUCAUAUAAAGAGCAUUGAGUUACCUUGUGUAUGAAAUGCAGUAUACAAAUAAAUGUGCUUUGCUAUCCAAUCCUCACUUCAGUAAGCUUUUAAAAAGUAAUAGACAAUGUAAUUAUAUCAUAACAAUACAAAAUUGACCUGGAUGAAUAUUUCAUCAUAAUGAAUGAUGAGAACACUUUACUUCACUAAAACUGAUAUAAAAAUUCCCCUCUUUCAGAUGUUUCACGGUUGUUACUUUUACAAUUCACUGGUUGAAAUAUUUACCACAGGGUGUGUUUGUGUGUAAACAUUGAGGGUGAAAAUGUAGGAACACAACAUUCAUCUAAGCGCUCAUCUCAGUACAGUCAUGACUUAUUUAUUCAUCAUGUACUGUAGCAGAAUAUUAUAAAAAAAUGCAUGCAAACCUGGACUCAGCUGAACAUUUCUCAAGGCACAGAAAUGGAAGACAUAUAAACAUUGGCUCGAUCUAAAGACAAUAUUACAUACUCAUCCAAUGAUCAUGCAGUGGAAGGAGGCAGGACUUGUAAGUCGCUAAAGGCAAAACUGAAGGCAACCAGAGCCACGAAGCUAAUGGAAGGUGUCUGACCAAGGUGGAAAUGUGACAAUCCUCCAUGUCCAUGGACUCCAAAUCGAAAGGAUUAGCAUCCAAAUAUCAAAUGAUGAUUUCAUGAUGGAUUUAUCUCGUGCAGUAUUCUUAAAAUUGAUAUAAAUUUGCUUAAUCCCCUUGAAAUGGAUGUACUGUAUGUACAUGAUUGGUGACCGACAUAUUUUGUUGUGAAGCCUCCUGUAUUAAACCUUAAAGUACACUGUUCAUAUUGUUUCCAAAUCCAUGAUGUUGGUUUGCACAUGUAAAGAAAGGAAAUGUCUAAAACACUUCAAAUACUUCUUCAUUGGAUUUUAUGCUUCAUGGUCCAAGUAUUCUCAGCACACAACUUGGUGUGAUUGCGAGUGUGACCCUUUUCUGUAUAUCUGAUUAAGAUGUACAUUUUGUCACGCCAUGUUAUUUGAAUAAAUGUUGUUGAUAUAUUACUGUACAUCUCACAAAUUCAGAGUAGUGCUGUGAGCAAAAGGAACAGUAUAACCUAUACGCCCUCUGCAACUGUUAAUUUCCCUUUG